AUGACCCCCGCAUAUACCGAGAAAACAACAGCCUCCGAGCUGGUGGAGCUCCUCGCCGCCGAGAUCAAAGGCAAGGUGAUCCUGACCACCGGCCCAUCACCAGCAAGCAUCGGCGCAAGAUUCGUCGAGACAAUCGCGCGUGCUCAGCCAGCCCUAAUUAUCCUUGCCAGCCGGAACACGGCCAAGCUGCAGAAGACCGCGGAUGCGAUUGCACGAAUCCAGGCCGCGGAGGAGUUGAAGAGCUGGGACGAUGUCCCGCGAAUCGAUGUCCUCGUUAACAAUGCAGGAAUCAUGGGCACGAAGUUCGCGCUCAGCCCCGAUGGCUUCGAGAGUCAGUUUGCGACGAACCAUCUGGGGCACUUCCUGUUCACGAAUCUGAUCAUCGAUAAGCUUUUGGUGUCGGAAGCGCCGCGCGUCGUUAGCGUGAGUAGUGAUGGGCACCGGUUGAGUCCGAUUCGUUGGGCGGAUUAUCACUUCCAGAACGGAGAAACCUAUAACAGGUGGACUGCAUACGGACAGUCCAAGACAGCUAACAUGCUGAUGGCGCUCUCGUUGGCGGAGAAGCUGAGAUCCAAGGGGCUUUUGGCGUACAGCUUGCACCCUGGCGUCAUCAUCACGACAUCUCUUUCAGGUAGUCUUGACAACAUGGAUGAGGACUUCGCUGCGUUGAGCGAGCUUGACCGGACGCUCGGAAACGCAGAGGGCUGGCGGGACUUUAAGAUGAAGACGGAUCAGCAGGGAGCAGCGACGACGGUCUAUGCUGCGUUCGACCCUGGCCUUAAAGAGAACAACGGGGCGUAUUUGCAGGACUGCCGUAUUGCGGACCCGUGGACGGACACGGUCAAGCCAUGGGGCACGAGCAAGGUGGAGGCUGAGAGGUUGUGGAAGCUGAGCGAGAAGUUAGUUGAGCAGGAGUUCAAUUAUUAG